UCNGUGCUGGUGGCGGUGGUUUGCUGCGCUCAAAGUGUGAACGAUCCUGGAAACAUGUCCUUCGUGAAGGAGACCGUGGACAAGCUACUGAAAGGCUACGACAUUCGCCUAAGACCCGACUUUGGGGGUCCCCCAGUCUGUGUUGGGAUGAACAUUGAUAUCGCGAGUAUCGAUAUGGUAUCCGAAGUCAACAUGGAUUAUACCUUGACCAUGUAUUUUCAGCAGUACUGGAGAGAUAAGAGAUUGGCCUAUGCUGGGAUCCCUCUGAACCUCACACUUGACAACCGAGUGGCUGAUCAGCUGUGGGUCCCUGACACCUAUUUUCUAAAUGACAAGAAAUCAUUUGUGCAUGGAGUGACAGUGAAAAACCGAAUGAUCCGCCUUCACCCUGAUGGAACUGUGUUAUAUGGACUCAGAAUUACAACAACAGCCGCAUGUAUGAUGGACCUGAGAAGAUAUCCCUUGGAUGAACAGAACUGCACUCUGGAAAUUGAAAGCUAUGGCUACACAACCGAUGACAUUGAGUUUUAUUGGAGAGGUGGGGAUAAUGCUGUGACAGGUGUGGAAAGGAUUGAGCUUCCUCAGUUCUCCAUUGUAGAACACAGACUGGUCUCAAAGAAUGUUGUCUUUGCCACAGGUGCCUAUCCACGACUUUCACUGAGCUUUAGGUUGAAGAGAAAUAUUGGAUACUUCAUUCUUCAGACCUACAUGCCCUCCAUACUGAUUACAAUUUUAUCAUGGGUGUCAUUCUGGAUUAAUUAUGAUGCAUCAGCAGCAAGAGUUGCCCUCGUCCCUCAAGGAUUAGUAUUUUUAGACAACCAAGUGGAUGCUCAUGGAAACAUUCUGUUAACAUCACUUGAAAUUCAUAAUGAAGUGAAUGAGGUCACAGGAGGAGUUGGCGAUUCCAGGAAUUCAGCAAUAUCCUUCGACAACUCAGGAAUCCAGUACAGGAAACAAAGCAUGCCUCGAGAAGGGCAUGGGCGACAUAUGGGGGACAGAAACAUCCCGCACAAGAAGACCCACUUACGGAGGAGGUCUUCACAGCUCAAAAUAAAAAUCCCCGACUUAACGGAUGUGAAUGCCAUAGACAGAUGGUCAAGGAUCGUGUUUCCAUUUACUUUUUCUCUUUUCAACCUAAUUUACUGGCUGUAUUAUGUUAACUGA